GUCAGCAGGAUUAUUUUUCAUUUUUACAUGCUGGCUGUGCGACGUCUUCAUGAUCCAACACGGUCUAUGAUGCGCCAAAAUUACGGCAUCGUGCGUCGUUUACUAUUCAUACCAACACAAAUUGUGCCACGCUGUAAGGCACCCACUGGCUAUGGGCAGGAAGACUCGGGCCUGCGUACCGUGUCAUGAGCGCAAGGUGCGCUGCGACGCGGAACAUGUGGGCAUUCCAUGUUCGAGAUGCGCCGCAAGAAGAUGGAUUGACAGUUGUAUACCCUUAUCAACUGUGGGAAAAAAUCAGAGGCAUCACCGAGCCAAGGGACAGCGCGCACAAACCACCGUCGACAAAGAAGACCAAACAUCCGAGUCAAUAUCGUACACACCGAAUCAGUCGCAAAACAUAGCAGUCUUGACGGAGUUAGAUACGAAUAAAGUAUACAAUGACAUGCCCAAUCCGGCAAUGAUGUCCAUUCCAACCCCGCCAUUCUAUCCAGCAAGAUAUACUGCAAGCGAAUCACAUCAGUUGCAAAUUAACAGCAAUGGAACAGAAAGAUUAACCGAAGACCCCACUCCGAGACGGUACAUACCAGAGCGAGAGAUGAUCGAGGAUACAUCCCAGUCUAUCCAGCGCAGUUCUCCAACUACUCGAAACGAAUCAUCCAACGCUGGGGAUAGCGUGACUGCUUACCAAGAAGGCACUAGCUCGAUUAGCAUCCUAAAGGAAGCUCUGGGACACUCGGCGCAAUCCCAACUGGCUAACAGUAUCUUGCAGGAUACUCCAAAGAGUACCGCAGAACUGGAUGAUGUGGACAUGGAAUAUCUGCGGCGCAAAGGCGCGUAUAGUUUACCUCCACCAGCGAUCUGCGAUGAGUUUAUUCGCCUAUUCUUUGAGCGCGUCUAUUCCUAUGCUCCGGUAUUUGACCGCAUCAUCUUUGCUCGAGAAUACCGCCAACAAAAUGUCUCCAUGUUUCUCCUGCAGGCUGUCCUGGCUAGCGUUACUCCCCACGUCCCAUUAGAGCUUCUCAAUAGUGCAGGAUUCUCCGAUCAUUUAACCGCACAGACAGCCUUCUUCAUCAGAGCGAGGCUGUUACACGAUGUUGGUGUGGAGAAGAACCAAUUACGACUUCUUCAAGGCUCUCUUUUUCUUAGCCUCCCACAUGUGACUCGAGACAUGGAUAAAGAUUAUCGCUACUGGAUCUCCAAUGCGGCCCGUCUUGCAGUUAAAAUAGGUCUCUAUCAGAACAUUCGCUUAGAAGGAUUUGAUAUUUCCUCAAAAAAGGUUUUGAGACGGAUCUGGUGGGUUGUGCAUAGCUGGGAUACGCUAUUGGCCUUGCAUGGACUUGACGCCGCACGGCGCUUCGAAAUUGGCGAAUUCGAUGUCCAACCUCUAACAGAGAGUGACUGGGAAGAAGGUGACAUCCCGCCAGAUCUACAAGAUCUUCUUCCCCAGAUAACACGGCUCCAGAAGUGCUUUUUGAUAGAAAGCGGGAAACUCCAAUUCGUUGUUGGCCGAUUCUGGAAUAGCCAUGCCCAGUCUCCUAUAUCAGCAUCUGAAUACUUGGAAAGUUCCAUGACAUUAUGGCGCCAAUCACUCCCAGAUGUAUUGAAGGCAGCCGAAGUUCAAGAAUGGAACCGAGACAAUAUGUGGGUUCUGUACCUCCGUGCUCGAUGCUAUGUCUGUGAGUGUGUGAUGUACCGGAUGCUUCGAGGGCAAUUCUCAUCCAACUCAAUCAUGUUUGAACGGAUGGAUUUUAAACUACGAACUGCCAUGUUUGAGCUUGACACGACAAUUGACCGUAUAUCUAUCCACAAGGUUUCUCCAUACUGCCCUUGGUUUGUUUAUACCUGUGCCUGUACCUCGCUUGCAUUACAUAUCGAAAAGGCGAUGGACCCCACAAUCCAUCGCCAUGAGAAGUUGUUGCACAUGCUGCGCCUCCACAGCGAGCUGGAGUUUCUCCGAGAUCUAUCCAAAUUAUCAUCUCUCAAUAAGUGGUCACUACAGAUGUUUGAGAAAAUUAUCCGAGCGACCGGUCUUUCGAUAUCUGUGACCGACUCCUCAAUCGCAGAACCACAUGCUCAGAAUGCCAUGGAGCAGGAUAAUCAGCUGAAUGGUACGGAUGACAACACCUCCGACGAGAUCGAUAUGAAUUCUGGUUUCUCUCUAUCUGACCUGGAGCUACCAUUCGAUUUUCAAUUCGGACCUCUUGGCCCUACCUAUGUGCUUGGAAAUCUCGUCGGAUCAACGGAUCAGGAUGCUAACCAUUUCUACCUUAAUGGUCAGUGUUAAAAAAAUACCGCAAAGUUCCUGCACAGUGCUUAUCGUGCGACUAUACUACGUCAAACCAAGAUUCUUUGUCAGAAACAAACAAAGCAGAUAAUACAAUUCUUUCCGGCCGAUGUACUAUUACUCAGGAGAGGCUAGAUU